UUCCACCGCGCAUGCUUGUGCGUAGCUCAUCAUGUGAUGUGAGACGGGCCACACAUUGAUUUAUUUGUAAGUGCAGCGGCAUGCUCGAGUAAGUAGGUAUUUGCAUAUUGAUUAGGCUGGUGCAGUUUCUUUCCUUUUUAAUUCAGUCGGGGGCUGAGGCUGGUUUCAGCACCGGAGCUGUCCCAGUCUGACGGACGCUGCGGCCGCGUGAACCGGUGAUGCUGCGCUCGAGCUGCUGAGUCUCUCUCUCUCUCUCUCUCUCUCUCUCUCUCUCUCUCUCUCUCUCUCUCUCUCUCUCUCCCUCUCCCUCUCUCCUCUUCCUCCUCUCUCCUCUCCUCCACACGCACAAAACGCUCUGUCAUGGCGUCUUCCAACCAUGUUACCCCCACCAACUGUAGCUGGUGGCCCAUCUCAGCCAUGGAUGAGGACGGCAAAAUCACAGACGGGGAGGAGUGCGAAGAACCGACGGCAGAGUCCAAACCCUUCAACAAAGACAGGCUCGUUUUGUACCACUGGACGCAGUCUUUCGCCUCCCAAAAGGUACGUCUGGUCAUUAACGAGAAGGGUCUGAUCUGUGAAGAGAGGGAUGUGAGCUUGCCGCUGCAGGAGCACAAGGAGCCCUGGUUCAUGAGGCUGAACCUGGGUGAGGAGGUGCCCGUCUUCCUCCACGGAGACAACAUCAUCAGUGACUACAACCAGAUUAUAGAUUACCUGGAGAAAAACUUUGUAGGAGAGACGGUGGCUCAGCUGAUUCCUGAUGCAGACUCGCCUCUCCACGAACGUGUGCAGCAGUACCGUCAGCUCCUGGACGGCCUGCCCAUGGACGCUUACACACACGGCUGCAUCCUCCAUCCAGAGCUCACCACUGACUCUAUGAUCCCAAAGUACGCCACCGCAGAAAUACGUAGACACCUGGCCAAUGCUGCGACAGAGCUGAUGAAGUUGGACCAUGAGGAGCCUCAGCUAACAGAACCGUACCUGUCCAAGCAGAAGAAGCUAAUGGCAAAAAUCUUGGACCACGAUAACGUGAACUACCUGAAGAAAAUUCUGGGGGAGUUAGCCAUGGUUCUAGAUCAAGUGGAGGCUGAACUGGAGAAAAGGAAACUAGAGUAUCAAGGUCAAAAGUGUGAGUUGUGGCUUUGUGGACCUGAAUUUACACUAGCUGAUAUCUGCCUCGGAGCCUUGUUGCACAGGCUCAAGUUCUUGGGACUUUCUAAGAAAUACUGGGAGGACGGCAGCCGACCCAACCUGCAGUCCUUUUUUGUGCGUGUGCAAAAACGCUACGCUUUUCGCAAGGUCUUGGGCGACAUCCACACGACCCUACUGUCAGCAGUCCUACCCAACGCCUUCCGGAUGGUAAAAAAGAAGCCGCCGUCCUUCUUUGGCGCCUCUUUCCUCAUGGGCUCGCUGGGCGGGAUGGGCUACUUUGCCUACUGGUAUUUAAAAAAGAAAUACAUGUAGUGAAUGCCCUCUCGUUGUGUUAAAUGUCUGUGUAUUUGUGUGAUGUUUCAAUUUUUCUGUAAUGUUUUAUGACUGCAGGAAAACAUAAUGAAUCUAUAUAGAGAACACUAUUACUUACCUGGGUGAACAAAGAAAUAUUAAAACAUUCCAUAAUAAGAAAUUCUUGACAGCACAUUUCCUGGUUAUCAAGGCCUUCAUGGAGUUUAAUUUCUGGAAACUUGCAGCUCUUGCAUGCAAGUCCUCUUUUAACUUUUGUUGGAGGCGUGCAUUAGGUCCACUUACAGUUUAAUCAUAAAGUAGGAACCCAGAUAACACAAUAACACCAACAGGGGUUAACUGACCUUCGCAUGCCACUAUUAUAGUCAUUAUUCAUACCUGCUCUUCACUCCUCCAUCUGCCUGAGGUUUAACCAGUAAAACCACAGGAAUAUGUACAUGACACAUACUUUCUGAAAAGUGCUGUGCUGCCAUAAACUGCCAGAUGAAAUGAUGAAAGGAUGGAGAUAAACCUUAAGGGAAUGGUUUGACUUUUUAUUUUUCUUGCUCGGACACAGCUGAGAAUAUCAAUACUACUCUCAUGUGUGGAUGCUAAAAACGAAGCUACAACCAGGAGAUGUUAGCUUAGCUUAGCAUAAGAACUGGAGAUGAGAAGAAACUGCUAGCCUGACUCUGAACAAAACUAAUAUCUCAGUUUAAUUUUGACAAAUGUGAAAGUGAGCUUCGGAUUGGUAACAAAAAGCUUCUGAUUUCCAUUUGUAGUCCAAAUUGUUCAAAACCAUAUCCCCAAGUUUGGGGAUAUGGUUUUGGUUGCAUGCCGGUAAACAGUACCUGUGUAGAGUAAAAAACACAGAACACCUUAUCACACUAUCCUGGCAACCAAGCUAAUGUUGCGUUUGUCAAGCAAAUCCUGUUGUCUCCAACUCCUUGUACACGUGUACAGUUGCUUGUCCGACUAUAAACUACUGCUGCCUUUAUACUGGGUUGUGUUUACCUGUGUACAAGUCCAGCACCGUCUUGCUGAUUUCACAACUUUCACAAACUAUAAAUUUAAUGUUCUACAUAAAGUUACCUUUAGAUAGCUUAAAUUCGCUGGCCAUUAGCUCGCUCAACUCUUAUCCAUUGAGGCUUCAUUACGGCAACACUUGCCAAGCAAUGGUGUUCUCACAAUUACACAUUUUGUGUACAUCACUUGUCAUGUCGUAACCAAAAGCUCACAAGUUCCAUUUGAAGGCAUAAGAGUGGCACACAGUACAGGAAGUCCUGGCCCAGAAAUCUGUUAUUGUUAUCUGGAUAUCAGCCAGCUAUACCGAAAAUCUGAUCAUCUGAAUCCUGAACUUUUACAUGAGAAAACUGAGCUAGAUAAUUAGCUAAUAAUGCCUGGCCCCCUUCAGUUAACAUUUGGCUUUAUGGGUGCAGUUUGCUUAAUCGCACAUUAACUCGCACAACUAAAUCAAGUCAGAUGGGCUACUUUGUCUUGCUGCUAAUAGUGUUUCCAGUUUUUAUGCUAAGCUAAGCUAACGGUAGCCUCGUCUCGAUAAUUUGCAUAAUGAGAGUGACAUCUAUCUUCUCAUCUAACGCUGAGAAAUAAAGUGAAUGACUUUAUAAAAAUAUCAAACUGUUCCUUUAGCUAUGUGUACACCCCACACACAGUAACACACAGAGACACUUGCGGUGGCUCAGAGUCGCUUAUUUAGAGCACCACAUAUUACACAGCACACAGUGGUCCACUGUCACUCUCUUUGUCGCUGAGCAGGAGUUCAGAUGUCAAGUUUGGGUGUUUGAUGAGUUACACUUGGCUGUGCCAGUAGUAAAAUGAUAAAUUCUGCGUCUGUGUCACAGUAGCGUGGCAUUAGUUUUAGGAUGUAUAUUUCAUUGCAUGGGUACUUUCUUAUUGUGUUUUGUGACGGGUGGACACUGAGGGCUUUGCGUUGCCCAGAGGCAGAAUUUAUGAUCACUAUUGGACAUUGAACCUUCUUAUUACCAUGUGGCUAAAUGUAACCUUUGAAUCACCUGCACUGCAGUGUGUGAGACGGUCCCUCAGCAAUACUGAGCUAGAAAGAAAAAAAGCUGAAUUUUACUUCUGUUUGUUUGUUGCUGACUCCUCCUGACAGAUGCAAGAUUGUUUUUACAGAUAGAUAUUUUUUUUAACUACACACCGUCUUGCUUGUUUCGCCAUGCUAAGUUUUUAACAAGCUCAAAGGUUGUAUAACAGGAAUGAGGGAGGGAGUAAGCUAACUCCUCUGAAGGCUAAUUGACGACGACCAGGGGAAGCACCUUUCUCCUCUCAGCUAGCCUUGCCAGCUGUCUCGUUAUUUGUUGAUGCAGUGUACUUUUCUUGUUUCACACUCUGUUCACCCUUAAUGGGAGCUUUUCUGCUUUUUUUGAGUCAGAUCUCCAGGGUUUCCAAGUCCUGCUUCUUAACUCAUUAUUGCGAAGUGCUGGCUGGAGUGGUAAGCUGCUUUUAGUUUUACGGCUGGUUAUAGAGACAUUCGUUCAGAAGGGACUCAAUGUGGAACGAUACUUUCCAUCAUGAAGGGGCGUAAUUGUACAGCUCAAGCCUUGAUAAACUAGUGAGUUCUUCUGACGCUCCAUGUUUUCUGCAGGUGGUCAUUAGCAGCGCGCUGCAGCUGUGGCAGAAAAUGUUGAACCAAAGACGAUGAUCAGUGCUCCUUUAAUAGCAGCGCCUCCUUGCAGUUACACAUCUGAUGAGUAAAAGUGAUUUUCAUUGAGAGAAAUGUCAAAGCUCAUUGUGCUCAUGUUUGAUAUGGAGAGUCUGAUGUAGAUAUAUAACUAUUGGAAUUAAUUCUUCACACCUGGAAAGAUGGCAUUAUUGCUGGAGCAGCAGUGACAUCUAAAAACACACAGAGAGAAAGAAGGCACUUUUUUCAGUUGUAGAUUAAUCAUAGAAUUAAUUUAGCCGUGUUUUGACAUGUAUUAUUUAUGUAAAUUACUCACUGCAGACCACACUGAUGGAGGCAAACCAUAAGAAAUGUCAUAACCAGCCAAUCAUCGCUCGUAUAUUUUGAUCACUACAAGCACAGCUGUUCCUCUGACUGACUUCAUGCUACCUGACUGAGGGGUUGGAUCGGAUCACACAAAGAGUUCAAGUCGAGAAAUCCUAGUUGUGAUUUGUGGCCAUUAUAUUUCACAAUAGUAUUUUUUUAAUUUCUUACUUUUUAUUUUUUAUAUUUCUAUAUAUAUGCAUUUAUUUAUGGUGCUUUUUAUGAUGUUUGUUCAUAAGCCUUAAUUUAUUUGGUUGCCAUCAAUGAGAAAUAAAUAAUGAAAAUGGAAUCUAAA